AUGGAUGACAGCAAUGUUGCUCAGGACAACACGACCGGAACACAAAUAGGCAAGACGAGGUGGUUUCUCGCUUGCAUUGCAUUCUAUUUGACGGGGUUCUUAUACGGGCUCGAUACUACCAUUGCAGCCUCGAUUCAGGGCGAGAUAUACCAGGCUGUAGGCGAGAUCGACAAGCUGUCCUGGGUGGGCGUUGGAUUUCCGAUGGGGUCCGUGGCUACUCUGUGCCAUCUGCGGCGCGCACCAAACAUGGAGGCUAUGAUAGUGGGUCGAGUGCUAACGGGGGUUGGUGGCGGCGGCAUGUAUAUUGGAACUCUCAACUAUGUCUCCGGCUUUACAGAUGUGGAGAAGCGAGGCCUUUACGUGUCCCUAGUGGGUGGAUUCUGGGGAUUGGGCUGUAUCGUCGGCCCUGUGGUGGGAAGCGGGUUCGCCGCAAGCAGAGCAACCUGGCGCUGGGCCUUCUAUAUUAACCUAGUCAUUGCAGUACUAGAGCUGCCAUUAUUUCUCUAUCGCUUCCCGUCACUGGACUUGAAGCCAGGGCUCUCUUUUGCGCAAAGGUCCAAGUCCAUCGACUGGGCCGGGUUCGUGCUCCACGCUGCGUUCUUCUCCAUUCUUACAGUUGCUAUUGCUCAGUCUGGGACAGUCUGGAAUUGGUCUUCUGUGGGGGGCAUCAUUCUUUGGGUGGCAGCAGGGAUAGCCGCUAUAUUAUAUGCUGUACAGCAGACGUGGUGUCUCAUGACGACAAAAGAGAAUCGUAUCCUUCCUCUUGAUUUCCUCCAAAGCCGAACCCAAGUAUUGCUCUACCUUGGUACGGCAACGUCGAUUACCGCAUUCUUUGUGCCAGUCUACUACAUUCCGCUCUUUUUCCAAUUCACCAAGGGAGAAGAGAGCAUGGUGGCAGCAGUCAGGCUUCUGCCAUUCGUCAUCGUUAAUAUUGUCUUCAAUAUCGCCGCCGGCGCUCUGCUCCCUCGCUUUCGCUACUAUAAGCUCUGGUACCUUAUCAGUGGCAUAUGUAUUGUUAUUGGCAGCGCUCUCAUGUAUACGGUCACCAGCACAACCUCAACGAGCGCCAUAUACGGCUAUGAGGUUCUGAUCGGAGCAGGAUCUGGCUGCACCCUACAGAUCGGGUACGCCGUAGCCGCAGCCUAUGUGCCUCCGUCGCGAACGGCCCAAGUCAUCCGCUUCCAGAACGUUUCACAGAUCGGUUCCACGACGAUUGCUCUCGCGGUCGCUGGGUGUAUUUUCCAGAAUCUCGGGUACGACAGAUUGCAGCACGCGCUUGCAGGCUCGGGAUUCUCCAAUAGUGAUUUAAGAACUGCUCUUGCGGGUGUUCAGUCUCGUGUUCUGCACGAUGGAGACUUGGAUACAAGAUCCCGGGCUGUAGGAGCCAUUGUCUCCACUUUAGGCGACUUGUAUGGACUCGUUAUUGCAGCUGGGGCAUUAAUGAUUAUGAGCUCAUUGUUGAUGAGAUGGGAAAAAAUGCCGUUAUCUGACAAUGUGGUUGGGGGAUUGUAG